AUGUGGCUAGACAGACUUGCCGUUCAACCCUUUCCCGGGCCUUCGUCAUCCCAGUCGACCAGUCGCGCUGCCUCACCCCUGCCACGACGCACCUCCAGCAUCCGCGGACCUUACACAACAUCCUCGCGAUCAGCACGCAGCUCAUCCCUAUCUCUGGCCUCCAGCAACUCGAGCACGUCGCUCCUUGCCUCCGCGCGAAGAACAAACGGCUCUGCGUUGAAGCAAACGACAACCGUGGACGAUGGAAAACACGCGGCGGAAGUGUUGCAGAAGCUUCUAGGAGAAGACUUGACCCUGGAGGAAAAGCUUCCGGCUCCUGUGACAGAAGAGGACCUCGAAUUGGACUUUGAUUUUGGUGGCCAUUCGCUUAGUGAACUGGUUAGCGAGCCAUUGCAAGCAGGAGACGACGACUUAUACAGACCACAAACCAUUGAAGAGUAUGAAAGAGACAAAACCAAGUUCGAAGAGCUCUCCAAGUCAAUACGCGCCUGCGACGACGUUCUCAGUUCCGUCGAGACAAACCUUACAAGCUUUCGAAAUGAUCUUGCCAACGUUUCAGCCGACAUCGAAAGCUUACAGGCCAGAUCUACGGCUCUCAAUGUCAGACUUGACAACCGUAAGGCUGUCGAGAAGGGACUUGCUCCAAUAGUUGAGGAAGUCAGCGUGUCGCCAGUCAUUGUCGCAAAGAUAGCGGAAGGGCACAUCGACGAAGAAUGGGUCCAGGCACUCAAACAAGUGGAAAAGCGAGCACUCGCGCACAAGAACAGUGCAAAUCAAGGGAAAAGCAAGGCCCUCGCGGACCUAGGACCUCUACUCGAAAGAUUGGUACUCAAGGCCAUCGAGCGUAUAAGAGACUUCCUGGUUGCUCAAAUCAAAGCUUUGAGAUCUCCAAACAUCAAUGCUCAAAUCAUCCAACAGCACAACUUUCUCAGGUUCAAAGAAUUGUUUGCCUUUUUACACAAGCACCAUGCUAUCCUCGCAGAGGAGAUAUGUCAGGCAUACAAAAACACCAUGAAGUGGUACUACCUCACACAGUUUACACGGUACCAAAAGGCUCUUGAAAAGCUCAAGCUUCAUGUUCUUGACAAAACCGAUGUUUUGGGGCACGAUGAUUCCUCAAGGAAAACAACAGUUCUUUCCAGUGCCAAGAUUUCAGGUCCACCACAUGACGCUUUCAAUCUCGGCCGGCGGCUUGAUAUUUUGAGGACCGGUAACCAACAAGCAUUGUCAUCAUACCUGGCAGAAGAAGAUCAGACAACGCAUUAUCUUGAAGUUCCUUUCAGGAACUUCAAUCUAGCGCUUGUGGACAAUGCUUCAGCGGAGUACACGUUCCUAACACAGUUCUUUACGCCGGCACUCCCAGUGACUUCGAUAUCAAGACAUUUUGGCGAGAUCUUUGAGUCGACAUUUGCCCUGGGCCGGAAUCUAUCCAAGUCAUUGAUUGACAAUUCCUUCGAUUGUCUAGGCCUGCUUAUCUGCAUCAGAUUGAAUCAGCGACUGGCCUUCGAGUUGCAAAGGCGCCGCAUUCCCGCAGCUGACGGUUACAUCAACGGAACAUCCAUGGUUCUCUGGCCACGGCUUCAGAUGGUUAUGAGCCACCAUUGCGAUUCGGUCAGGACGCUCACCAGCGCCCUGCCCACUCGCCAACCAGCCGCUUCAGCCGUCGCGCAACAGUCGGCAGCACCUCAUGUUGUCACACAGCGCUUUGGUCAGCUUCUCCACGGACUCUUGGUCCUGAGCACCGACGCCGGCGAUGACGAGCCGCUCAUGGCAAGUCUUGGGCGACUACGGUCCGAGACGGAGGCUUUCUUGACAAGGUUUAGCCAGGUGUGGUUUGGCAAAGAUAAGAGGAAACGAGAAAGAUUCUUGUAUAACAAUUACUCGUUGAUUCUGACCAUCAUCGGGGAUUCUGAAGGAAAGCUUGCUGAUGAGCAAAAGGAGCACUUCGAAAACCUGAAGAAGGCUUUCCAGGAGGGGGCAUAA